UGCAAUGAUUUUCUUGAUUUGCCUGUUUUUUUUUUGUAAAGAUUGCAAUAGAAAAAAUGUGGCAUUUGAGAUACAACUCAAUGGAAAAAUAAAAAAAUAAAAAAUAAUGUAUUUGGAUAGUGUUAUACAUUAUUAUACAGUACAGUGUGUUUAUUACUCUCACAAAUUACUUCUUCCAUAUUUUGCGAUCUAAUUUAUAAACAGGUAGCCCAUUGGGUAUAAGCUCACACGUACUUCUUUGGGUUUGCUGGUGUUUAUAAUGGAACCUGAAAGCCCACAACAGCUACUGGCUUUGCACCCAAAAAAAAAUGUACACAGCUACACUGUAGAUAGUUUUCAUCAAAGAUCAAUGACUUUUCAAGUAGUAUGGUUUACCAACAUCAUGACCACACUUUUAAGCAAUUUAUAUUAAUUUUAUAUUUCAUAGCUUUAUCUGUUUUAAUAUUCACCAGAAACUCUAUGUGGGUAUGAAGGUGUUGGGAGCAAUCAAGGAAGUGAAUGAGUAUGACAUGGUUAUAAGCCUGCCUAAUGGGCUAAGUGGAUUUGUGCACAUUACACACAUAAAUGAAAAGAUCACUGAAAAAUUAAAGGAAGAGCUUGAAGCUGGCGAAACUAAAGACAGUGAGGUAAGAUACAACUGCAAUGCGCUGUGUCCAAUUUUGAAAUCACGUGCAUGAUCUUAGACCAAAUUGCACUCCACUCAGUUCAAUUACCAUUAUUAAUCAGGUUAAGCACUAUCUAUGUCACACAAGUCUUGAUUAUCUUUUUAGACAAAUUUACCAGAACUUGGUAAAUUUUUCACUACUGGAUGUCUGGUUCAGUGCUCUGUAUUGGAGCUGGAAGGAUCUAAACCAGGACAGAAAAAAAUCAAGUUAUCCCUGGAGCCUAAAGAAGUCAACAGUAGCCUGAGCAAGUCAUCUCUGAAACCAGGAAUGGUAUGUUUAAAAUAAAGUUGUCGUCACCAGCAUCAUCAUCAUCAUCAUCAUCAUUUUCAUUAAAAAUAAUAUUGAUAAAAAUUAAGAUGAUGAUGAUUUCAAUAAUUUAAUGCACUUACAGUGUAAACUGACCUUUUUACCUAACAUUUUAGAGCUUUCUACCACGAGACUUCAGAAUUAUUCAUGAUUUUCGCAAAGAAAGGCUGCGGCUUUUUAAUUUCCCAUCAAGAGAAUAACAUGAAACAAGAGAGUGAAAAUUUGUGAAGACAAAGAAUGCUUAAUUUAUAGAUUAAAUUAGUUAUUUAAGUUACUGUUCACAAGAACUGUUUUAAUGUACAGUGUACAUGUAUGUUUAGGUUCUUCCAGGAUACGUUUCAAGCAUAGAAGACCAUGGCUAUCUGAUAUCAUUUGGCAUUGAAGACACAAGAGCUUUCUUGCCAAAGAAAGAUGUUAUUGAAGGUACAGUACAUUACAAAGACCCAAUAAUUUAUACAAUUGUAAAAAGAUCUGAUGUUAAAUUUGGCGCAUUGAUGCUGGUACAGUACACUUUUAGUCUCUACCAGAAUACCUCAACUAAAAUGGAAACUAUAUAUUUUUUUCACAACAAAUAACUUUUGUAUGUAAAGGCAUGAAACUAACACAAGUCAUGGCUCGACAAACGUCCUGUCUGGUAGUUUUAUCUUGGUGGGCAAGUAACUUUUAAACCUCCAGUGCACUUCAAAAUUGUUACUAUAGCCAUUUAAUAGAAUUGUGGAUGUUGCUGAAUGCAUCAUUUAAUUUCUUUUCAGAACUCAAUGAGGGUCAUCCACUGUGUUUGUUAGUCAAGUCUGCAGCUGAGGACAAGAGAAUUAUAACUGUUACUGCAGAUGGAGAUGAGAUUCAAGGUGCUUUGGUAUGUUACAGUGUUUUUCAUGUACUUAAUGUGCAGUAAAGGAUUUUCUGCUUUUUAUUAGGUACAAUGUAAAACAUUUUGGUUAUUACUGUGUUGUGUGGACAAGUCACUCACAUUGUGUUGGUGUUAGUAUCAGGGGCACCCAACAACUGUUUUCUGUACAAUAUCUGUUCAGAGAAGCUAGUAUUGCCUGAGAUUUUCUAUUAAUUGAGGACUGCUAAAAAUUUCCAUUUGACUGUUCUAUUCAUGAACAACUACGAUUUUCGGAAGUUUAAUUUUUUCACAUUUCACGCCCCAGGUUAGGCUAUUUUUCGUAGGAAAAAGGAAACCUAAAAUUUUCAGAUUCAAAAAUGCGAUGGAGAGAAGAAUCAGAAAAAUUCCUUUCGAGAUACGUUAAAUUGCAUCUCAAACUUUCGCGAAAAUAGUACUGAAGCCCUUGGAAUUUUGAAAAGACUCAAGUUCCCCUAGGAUGACUAAACAGAUACAAAUUUUAUAGCGCCGCCUAGAAUGCAUUUCUAGAGAUCUAAAAGUACUCUGGAUAGCCUGAAAAUUAUUUUAAAUGUAGUUUUACGGUGUUAUUGACAUUAACAUUAAUUAUUUAUACUGUUAUCUGUUUGACUGUGAAAGGUUUGAACCCAGGAGUCAUUUCAAAAGUAGGUUGAGUUUGAUAGUCCGGGUGAACGUAGUCCUGAAUAGCACUGUUGUUGUUGGCUUUGACUCUGAAGAUGACUACCGCACAGGUUGUUGAAACGUCAGUCACUGUCAACAACAACAGUCCUAUUCAGGACUACGUUCACCUGGACGAUCAAACUCAACCUACUAUUAAUUUGUUUGUAGGUUAAGGAAGAUAUGAAAUUGAAAUUUUCAACCCUCCUUCCUGGCAUGUUGGUGAAGGCUUCUGUAACUCAGGUAAAAUAGAACAUUUACACUCUGUAUAAUUAUGCUAAGCAUCCAUCAUGCAUCAUAUAAGCUACGGUACUGAAAAUCCAUGACAAGUAGUCUUUGUCUCUGAGGUAUUGAUAAACUACUGAAAAAAUGACAUUUAUGAAAAUGGCUUUACCUUUUGUAGUACAAGACUGAGUUUAUACAGUGUACAGUACACAGUUAUUGUGAAAACAAAUUUAAAUGCCGUACAGCCUCCAGAUCUGUUCACAAAAAUAAAAGGCAGUUAGACAUUCAAAAUAGAAUUUUCUGAGACAAAUGAUUUUAUUCUCUGUACAUUGCUUUCACAGCCGUGCAAAGGCAAGUAUUGCAAAGAAGAGUUCUAGAGUAAUGGUAUCUGGGGUAUUAAUCUAGCAGAAACUCUUUCAGAUAAUCCAGAAUUUUUGCAGUUAAAUACAAGUUUUCAGAGUUAACAUCAAGGAGUGGUAGUCUUAUCUUGCUGGCCAACGGUGUUGUGAGAUGCGCAUGCUUCAGUAUCCCACGUGCUCUAACACUUACGUGCAAUGUCUGUAAAACAGUACUAACACCAGGUGUGUUGUUUAUGGUCAACAAAAAGGUGGUUUGCGAGACCUUUGUUGUAUAAGAACGAUUUGGGGGCACAAUUUUGAAGUUAAAUGUACAAUCCUAGAAAAAAAACCUAUAAUGGCCAUCCAUUGAACAGGUACUACAUGUAUUUUUAUUCAAAGACACAUGAACAGCGUAAGGUUAAUUUAAAGUUAAUAGUGAACUUAAGAUGCACUUUUUCAGCCUACGGGUACGGAUAAGCGAACUUGUUUACCUCGCAGUUUUAUAAAAGCCAACCUGGGCUGAUCAAUAAAACAGCCCAUAGAACUCACAAUAACACGGUUUCCUGGUUCAUUCUCUCCGAAGGAACUCACAAUACUCGAUGAAAACCCCUACAAGGAAAACUCGCUCUCUUUUUGUCUUUCUUUUUUCUCUCUCUUUUUUUUCCUUCUAGCUUACUGCCACGUGUUCAUUACCUUAUUUGGUAGUCCUUGCCCUAAUUUGGUAGUGGUACUAAACGUCACAAAACUGUGAGGGGUAGGGUCGGUAAAUCUCUCGUACACAACUCCCCUGAAAAUUGUAGCUCGCAAUUUUUACAAUCAACCGUAACUUGAAACUAAUCCAAUUUACUAUAUGACAGUCCAGUUUAUACUUGAACUCAGUUCAGUUUAUCAGUUCUCUUCUUCUGGAAAUUGUUCUGCAAUUCUCUUAGCAGCCCUCUGAGCUGCAGUUCGUCUUGGUCUUUGUUAUUCUACAUCAGCUCGAUCUCUUCCCCCCUUUUGAGGUUGGUCAACAUUCUCCACCGCUCUGAUUUCCAAAGGACAAACUAACUCAAGCGGUCGAUCAAUGGUGUGCCUUUUGUGUAACAAUGUUAUCCCUCUAACGACGUCAUCUUUGCCUUUGAUAAGACGCACUACUUUACCCUUUCUCCAUUCUCCGCCGUUCUUUUCGUCUCCAGUGAUUAGUACAAUUUCUCCCACUUGAGGUAUGGUUCCCGUUUCCUUGUUAAACCUGUGACUUUCCAUUAGGCUGUGGACAUACUCCCUUUUCCAGCGUUUCCAUGCAUUGGUCUUAGCAUUUUCCAAUCGUUUGGCCAUCGUUGUUAGCUUCUCUGCAUCUGAGCCUUUGGCGUCUUCUAUAGUAUACACACCAUUCUCGUGCCCACAGAAUCAUCUUCGGUGUAAGCACCGCCUCUUCCUCUCCCUCUGCUUCAACAUAUGUCAAGGGGCGAUUAUUCAAAUUUCUUUCGAUGUCCAUGCUGACUAAUUCAAAUGCUUCAAAGGAAAGAGAUGAUCUCCCCAAGGUCUUGUGCAAGGUGUUCUUUAUCUCUUUAAUCAAUCUCUUAUAGAUUCCUCCCCACCAGGGUGACUUUGCAAGAUUAAACUGCCAGCGGUUGUUCUCACGUGCUAAGUAAUUCUGCAACUUCUCACUUUUCCUCACUGUCUUGAUCCAAGCUGCUGUAGCCUUAAACACUUUGGCUUUAUCCGAGAUGAUGAUGGCAUUCAGCUUACUCUUGAAUUCAUCUCCCGUUUGGGUGCGUGCAACCUCCAAACGGACUGCUCUGGAGCUGGUUCAGGUGAAAAUAAAGACAUAGCACUUUCCUUCUUCUUUCUUACCGACCUUGUACAGGAAGUGUCUGGUAAAGUCCACCCGGUUACUUCAAACAGUCUGCUUCGUUCUAUGUUCUGGCAAAGCACUAGUUGAUGGCACUCCAUAAGGUUUGGUGGAGUAUACUUUGCAGAUGUUGCAAUUCUUAAUGGCCCUCUUGGCUUUCACUCUCAAUUUUGGUAUCCACCAGGUUUUUCUCACGCUCGCCAUCGUGUUCGCCACACCAAGAUGCAUGACCUGAUUGUGGAUGUGAAGGAUAACUUUCUCCGCAAGUAGACCGCCAGGAAGGUAAAUCGGCCUGCAUUCUUUCAUUCUGCCUUCACAAUUGAGAAAGCCUGUAUGGUCAUCUUUGAUUAACUUGGGGACUGUAGACGUGUUACCUGUGCUUUCUGAACUCGCUUUACCCAGUAGUCAUUUGCAGUUGUGGUCUCUUCCGUAAAUAUUGGACCUGACGUCUUCUUCAACUUGUUUCUCACUUUGCAGUUUCUGCAUAAACCCACGCUGUUACCCUCAUUGCACGCCAGGAGGUGCCUUUCCAACAAGGCAUCCCACUCAUCGAACUUACGCUCUUGUGUGCGAAGAACUGCCUCUUGGGUGACCUUAAUCUCUUCAUCUGUUUCUUUGGUGCUAUUCAGCCUUGGCUGCUCAGGGCACCGCCUUAUGUCCAAGAGCCAAUCCGGACCGGUAAACCAGUUUCCUCUUUCCUUCUUCACAAUGGUUGACCCUCUACUUCCAAGAUCUGCUAGAUUCAACUCUGAUGGGCAGUACGUCCAAGUGAUGUUGAUUAGACUAGCGGUUUCUGCUAUCUUCUUUACUCUAUUUGCUACAAACACCUUCCAUCCUCUCCCAGGAUUGGUUAUCAAAUAUAGUGCUACUAUACUGUCCAUCCAAAUGUCGUUGGAUUUGAUGGUCCAUCGCUGGAGAGCAGUGCAGAGGUUCUUCACCAUGUUUGCUGCCAUGUGGCCACUCACGAGCUCCAGUCUUGCUAUCAAUGUACUUCUCUUUGAUAUCCGCGACUUUGAGGUCAGAAGCCCUAUGGUCACGCCUGCCUCAUGCUCUACCACCGCAACAGCUGCUGCAUAGUAUGCUAGAAUGCUGGAAUCUGCGAAAAGUUGUAAGUGGACUGCUCCUAUCUCUCCAACGAAUGAAGCAAUACUUCUAGACCUUCUUGCAUCUUUAAGUUGCUUCGUCCACCUUAAUCAUUGGUUCUUCAAUCUGGGGGAAACUCCUACAUUCCAGCCUUUCUUCUCAUCGCCGGCUUCUCGAUAAAUAUGCUUUUCCUCAGCCAUGGUGGGUGAGAUGAUCCUGAGUGGGUCAUAGACAGUCCCUAGGUAACUGAGUAUAGUGCGCUUGGUUACUGGAUGUUCUUGUGGAAAAGACUUUGGAAGCAGCUCCAGUGUGUCAUCAUCUUUAUUCCACGCGUGUCCAAGGAUCUUGCUUGUGUUUGGCAUGCACUUACUUUCAAGAUACUUGACAUUCGAUUACCACUUGUGCACCAGGAACCUGGCAGACUCAAGUUUCACAGUAUUCUCUUCUUUGAAGCGCGUGAGUUCCUCGUCGUUCCUCUCGUUUGCGUGUGAUUGUCAACGUAAGUGUUCUCCUUAAGGGCUCUCGCUGUGUCUUCACAUUCUGGCCCUUGUUGUUUACAGUGAUACUGCAGAGUGGCUCCCAGAAGUAAAAGACUUGCUUCAACUUCGAAAGGUACACGUGUAAAUCUUAAAUGUUUCUCUGUUCCUUUAAUGUUGAACAAGAAUCUGAAUGCAUCUCUAUCCUCCACUUUCACACCCAUCUGGAGAAACGCCUUUUCUAUGUCUCCAAGGAGCAGAUUUGUGGACAUUCGCACUCUAACCAUUAUGUCCCAGAGAAGCGGCUUCAACGGGGGACCAGUAAACAUGCAAUCAUUGAUGCUGAUAGUCAAAGGCUGGGCUUAGCACUAGCGUCAAACACCAUGCGAACCUUCGUCGUAACUGCACUCUGCUUUACAACUGGCUUGUGUGGCAUGUAGCACAAAACGUUUUCCAGACGAACUCUGAGGUGCUUCCUGCUCUAAGUUGCUCUUCAAUUAUGCCACCAUACUCUCCUUUCACUUUCUCAUUUCUUGACAGCUUCCUCUCCACGUUGUCAAGCCCCUUUGUGCUGAGUGCUUCAUUUGUGUUCGUUAAUGUCACUCCCGUUAUGCAAGGAAAACCAACCUCAUAACUUCCAUCUUGCUUUCUCACAACACUCUCCUUAAUGUCAUGCAGAACUUCCAGCUGAUCGGUCUCUCCUGGGUGCUCGACUCCCGGUACGUGCAAACUGUACAGUUUCUCAUAGUCAUUAACCUCUGCUAUAUACAUGAAGCUGCUCCCACUCCCAUUUUCGUCUCCCCUAUGGACCACCCAACUGAAAGUUGCCUCCUCUACCAGCGGCUCUCCCAGGUGCCCUUUGAAGACUCUCUCGAUCCUUAUUCUGCUAUAAAUAACCGUCUCCGAGAAUGAGGUGUAUCUAAUGUUCUCCUGUGGACGUCACGUACAACCUCUUGUUCUGUGUAUGUGAAUACUUAAACUUCCGCUGAUUCAUGUCUGGCCUUCUCACUGUAGUGAUAGAAGUCCAUGGACUUAAUGUAGGUGUCAAAGAUUGGCAUUGUCUGGACUUUGGUUCCAUUGACUGUCAAGAUUUCGCGAGUCUCAUGACGUGUCGGUUUUAACUUUAAUAACUUGACUGCCUCACGUGAAAUGAAGUUGCGUCCAAAUCCUGUAUCGAGGUAGGCCCAAAUCUCUUCUCCUUUAAUACUGACGGGAAUAAUUGCAGGUAGCGCUUUCUCCCCUGCGUCGUUGGGGUAGAUUGUAAGUGACACUCCAUCUGGAUUACUGCUUUCCCUCUCCGGUCUAUCGCACGUACGUCUGUGAUGCUUAUAUUUGCACUUCACGCAACACCGCCUACGGCACUGGUCUGCUUUGUGGUCAGUUGAACGUCCACAAUUAAAACACAAAUUGUGAUCUACAAAGAACUUCUUCCUGUCCGCUAAAGUUGAUACUAGGGUACAGUCUUCACUACAGUGCUCUUGUUUUUGGCAGAAAAGGCAACAGGGCUUCAUCUUGUCUCCUUGCUUCUGUGAGAACAGAUGCUUUUCGCAUUUGCUGCUUUCGAAGUGAUUUCUCCUAAACCACUUCUGCAGCGGAUCAAUCAGGUCUUCCACGGACCAUUGCUCCCAACUUUAGCCACCCUCACCAGAUCAGGCUUUAUCUGAGGUAACUUGUUAAGCGUAGUCAUAACAAACCCUUGCAACUUUUGGCCUUCUUCGAGGGCUUGAAGCGCGUUAUAGUUCCUACUCAGUUUCUCGUAGAAUUCUUGCACCCUGAAAUAAUUGAACCCCUUGACUGGGAAUAAAUUGAUGAUUUCUUCCAUGUGCGCAUUCAUGACGACCUUUGUUUGCGUUUUGUAUUUCUUCAGGGUAUCCUGGUCUCGGCUCCAAAAAUAAGGUGAUCAAUAAAACAGCCCAUAGAACUCACAAUAACACGGUUUCCUGGUUUAUUUUCUCCGAAAGAACUCACAAUAAAUCUCACAAUGCUCGAUGAAAACCGUACAGGGAAAACUCACUUUCUUUUUUCGUCUCGUCCAUUUCUAGCUUACUCGCACGUGUUCAUUACCUUAUUUGGUAGUCCUAGCCCUAAUUUGGUAGUGCUACUAAACGUCACAAAACUGUGAGGGGUAGGGUCGGUAAAUCUCUUGUACAAACCAUUAUAAUGGCGUAACCGUUCUACCCGUUAGCCUACCCGAUUCCCCCGGGUAAGAGGCAAUCUACCCGUAUUUACGGCCACUUGUAUGGCUAAUAAUGCUUGUUUUGAUGAUUUCUAGGCAACUCAUGGCGGUUUGCUACUGAAUUUUCUUGGGGGUUUUGAAGGCUCUGCAGAUAUUCUUCACUUACCAAAUUGUGGAGGAAAUGGACAAAAUUUGGAAGAGGCCUAUCCAGGAAAGACAAAGGUUAAUGUUAAAUACAUCCACAUUGUAUAUUAAUUACUAGCUUAGAAAAUGCUUAAAAAUCAAUACUGUUUUAAUAAAGGAGAAUGGCUGUCAGUCUUGUAGGAGUUUUUCUCUUUGAUUAUAUAUAUGUAAAAAAUUACCGUUAGGUUUAUAAUUGCACUUUCUACACUGGUAGCUUUACAGUGCUGUCAGUAAAUCAGCCAGUCUAUCAAUCAACCACCCAACCAAUCAAUCAAUCAGUCAAUCAAUCAGUCAAUCAAUCAAUCAAUCAAUCAAUCAAUCUAUCGAUCAAUCAGUCAAUCAAUCAAUCAAUCAAUCAAUCAAUCAAUCAAUCAAUUAAGCAGUCAUUCAAGUGACCAGUUAUCACGCAGUUGUUUAUUGAAAUAAAUUGUGAUUGUAUUUUUACAGUAUGCAUGUUUCACCCUAUUAAGCCAUUCAUGCCUGAGUAACUUGUUUAUAACCACCGAUGUCUCUUUUCAUACCACUCUUGGAGUCAGCCGUUUUAACAGUCAUUUGCAAAUUUGCCAUCUAAUUUGCUUAUGGGAAUGAGAUCUUUCAAACUAUACUUGAGUGGACAUACUUCAGUCGAACGGGCAAAAGAAACACAACAACAACAACGAUGACGACAAAACACAUGUAAAGUUCAUGACAAAAAUGGCAAUAAAAGGCUCUCCACUGCACUCCUGUGAAUUCUUCAGCAUAAUUUCACAGCCCUAAGGGUUUUGGUGCAUAGAAACUUUUCCUAUCAAAGAAGAAUAGUUGAAGAAAAUGGACAAAGAAAAAAGGAAAAGCUAUACGUUCUGGGGGGCAGUGUCACCAAGUGACCAACCGAAAACUUUACUUUCUGUCCAUUCUUUUGAAAACAGUAGUUUAGCCUCACAAACAGAAGGAAUGGUAAUGCUCGACUUGUAAGCAACGUUUUGGAUAGGCUGGUUCUUUUUUGACCAGAUACACUGUAGUAGUGACCAGGAAACAGCUCAGCUACAGUGUAGCUUGAAACUUUGGAAAUGGGUUACAAUAUUGGUUGCAGUAUACAUUGUACCUCAGAAUGCUAUGGAUUAACAAAAUUAUCAUUUGGCCUAUACAUGUAAAUAAACAACGCAUGAUUUGUGUAAAAAUAUUAUUACAUGUACAUUUGUGAAUAAGGUAAGUUUUUCUUGAUUUCAUAUAAUGAAACAGAUUGAAAGGAACAAUAAUGUUGUAAUUUUUUUGUUGCUCAGCCAAUCUGAAUAACAUUAAAUUCGUUCAAUCUAACUCUACAAAAAUGGAUAAACAGGUCCACGUAGGUUUUAAACUUCAAAGACCUUGCUUUUGAACAAGUUCCUAGACCAACAUACAUGAUUAGAUACGUCCACUUGUACUGUGUACUGCUUAAUGCCUAUGUCUGGUGCUCACUGUUUAUAGGUGAAGUGCCGUCUUUUGUAUAUAAAUGCCAAUACCAAGACAGUCGGACUCAGCCUGCAAGAGAAUGUGGUGCUUAACAAAGCUACCAGCUUUGGUAAUUGGUCCAUUGGAGACAUUAUAGAAGAUGCUGUUGUAAUGAGAGUAGACCAGGGAAUGGGUCUAUUGAUGAGAUUAUCCGACAACAGCCUGGGGUUUGCUCAUGUAAGUACUUCCACUAACGGCCACUUUUUGUGGCGGACAGUCCAUACAUUGACUCUUGUUUGAACCUCUUUACAACGGCCACUUUCUUUUCUCCAUAAGGGUGGCCGUUGCGGAGAGGUUCAACUAUAUUCAGAAUUAUCCUGGGUAGAAGCUAGAGAACAAGUUCUUCUCUGUUGUCCUAGCCUUUAUUUUUCGUCCUUCUCCUUUUUUUCGUUUUUUUCAAUUAAUUAAAAAAAGUGUGUGUUUAUUAUGUGAAAUUACUACCAAGGGUACACGCACUAACACAACAUCUAGCGGUUUGAGAAUGGAGUUUUGCAAGGUUCUAUACUAGAACCUCUUUACUUUACUCUUUCUAUGGCGCCUAUUCAAGACAUAAAACUGCCCAUAACUUAGACUGUAUGUUCUAAGCAGAUGAUUCAUAUACACUACAUUACUGUUGAUCUUCUUGAUCAAUGCCCUGCCCUGAACACCCUUCAGUGUAUUUUCGAGAAGUAACAGUAUAAAACACCAACAAUAAGAAAGUGUGCAGUCCUAGCAAAACAGAAAUCAUUCACUUUAGUCCUUGUUCCGAUCAAAGAAUUCAGUUCUUACCGAUUGUUUGAUUGGCAACGCCACCAUCAGACUGAGUCUGUAAUCUUGCAAGCCGUCGCCACCCUCUAACCCGUAGGGGGCGCGGGAGAGAAUCGCGCCCCCCACGGUUUAGGGGGUGGAGACGGCUGACAUUUCAGACUAUUCUCCCCCCCUCCCCCCACCUAUAUAGGAACUUUAACAAUGUACAGUUGUAAGCAUUGACUGAAAUGAAAGUUAGUUAAAGUGUUAUUAAUAGUCGAAUUUAUGGUGCUUGUUGUUGUUAAAUUAUGUUUGCUGAUAGAUAUCUAGAGUGUCUGAUGAACGUGUAGAGAAAUUAGGAAAGAAAUACAAAGCUGGAACCACUCACAGGUAUUGUAGAACAACAGCAACAAAAUUGUUUGUUGUUUUCCUUUUUGCUCUGUACUGUAGGUCCUAUACACGUCAAGUGAUGAUUAACUAAGGUAGCAUGGUUGUUAAAAAGAUUCCCAAUCCACCCCCCCCCCUCCCACGAAAAAACAGACAGGUGUAAGUUUUAUUUUGUUGUAAAUGACAUUUGAGAGCUUUAGAUUCUAAAACGAGGAGACUACGAGAACGAGAUUUUCCAAAUACUAAGUAGUGCGCGCGUGCGAACCAACGUCAUUUUGGUGGGAAAAUGUGAUAGCCAUUGUCAUUCUACUAAGAGUUUUAGCGAGAAUGUCGCAGUGGCGAAAACAAGUUAUCACAAUUACAAAUUUUGUCAUUUAGCGAUUGGGAGAGAGCUUGACCUCCUUCAACGGAAAUAAGCGAAGUAACUUCUGUGGUUAAAAAAGUACAAUGAUGCUUUCUGGAUGUGUAUUGUUAGGGAAUAGGCGAGAAAACUUAAAAUUGAAUAUCGUCCUCGUAGUUGUCCUCGCCCUGUAAUCUAACGCUUUCUAUUAACGAAUAAAUGCCUGAAAGAUAAUGGAGAAAUAUUUUAAACUCGAAGGUUGUAAUGACAACGCAGUGCUCGAUUUGAAACCAACGUUUUGGGCAAUUUGGCGUCUUUUUACCCAGAUUAUUGACCAGAAUAUAGAGUGACCAGCUUCAAGGUUAAUAUUAUUUUUCUUUUUACUAGGUGUCGCAUUCUUGGCUUCAACUCCUUAGAUGGACUUAUUACCCUGACUAUGGAAAAGUAAGAUCAUGAAAAGUAAUAAAACAACGAACGAAAGAACAAACAAACAAACGACACACACACGUUGGCUAUAAACAGUUACAGACAACGCGUGAACAUUAUUGUUGUAACUGUUUAUACUUCAUGCAAACAACCGAAUGUAGCGUGUAACGUAAAAUAAUAGUGUGUGUAUUAAAAGAAGCAGUGGGAACAGCCACCAAAUUGAGCAAAACUUAAAAAUAACCAUUCAAAAAUUAAAAUUAAAAGAAGGUACAAAUAAAACAGGAAUACUUUAAGGUACCAAUGUACAAACGUAAAGAAGAUGAAAAGGGAUUACAAUCGUGGCAUUUGAAAAAUUUUUAGCAGAAUAAAUUUCAAGUUUGUUUAUUUUUAUUGAAUUUAACGUUUGCUGUAAUGCUUGGAGGUAUGUUUGUUUGACACGAAGCAGCGAUUUUAUCAUUUACAAGAAAUUUCUUCUCUAACGCCAAGUUCCAUAGCGAUCACAAGACGCGUAAUUAGUAGCUGGUUUAUUGAGCAGUAACUGGUUUAUUGAGCGGGAGGCCGUGAGCUUAAAUCCCGGCCGAACCACUAAUUAAGGUCUUUAAACAAUUAGCGAGAUCAUGCUACAAUCUCUAACAAAUGUGGUUGACACACUUGUUGAAUACGCGCGCUUUUAUAAACAAUUUCAUUCAUUUAUCAUUUCAUUCUGUUUAAACGCCGUAAAUCCCCCAACUCCCCCUCCCUUCCGAAAUCAACGUUGUAUUGUUUUAGUACAGGAAGACUUGAGGGUCUAAAAUACAACAUUGAUUUUGGGGAGAGGGGUGGGGGUACACAAGGGAAGGGGAUUUGGAUACUUUAUGGAAGUGUCUCAACACUUUUGUCCCUCAUCGUAGCUGUAAUUAAAACCCUUUCUCAGUCCAGGUGAUCGCGUCAUUGGGCGUUAACAUUAUAACCCUUUCUUAUCAGCUGGGUGGGUAUGUCAAAGAACCCGUGACAUUGGUGGAAAAGAGUAGGGUAGCUAGGCGCCAGUGUCAUGGUUUAUCUUACUUAUGCCGUUAUUGGUCUGGGUGGGAGAGGCGAAAUCAAACAUAGACUGAAGCAGCUACAUAGUGCGCCGUUACAAGCUGACGUCCGAUCUCGCCUCUCUGGUCCUUCCGUAAUUCAGCCAUUGGCUGCAAGUGGGGAAAAUUAGGGCCGUUUCGUUUUGACAGAGACCUUAAAUAUUUAUUAUUUUUAAUUAACAAUUAUUCCUCGAAUUCGAAUGGUCUCUGAGUCAAUAGCCCAUGAGGCCUAGGCCUCAUGGGCUAUUGACUCAGAGGCCAUGAGGGCGAGAGGAAUAAUUGUUUUAGUAAAAUCCAACUUUAGCUAGCAAAACGCCAUUCAGCCGCCAUUGUUUUGGUUUUCAAAGCCGGCGCUUUUCGCCACUAGUGGCCUAUAACAUAUAGCCUAGUAGUAGCUCAACCAAUCAGAACGCAGCGUUCAUAAUAGACCAGUAGUUGGAUUUUACUAAUAGAAAAUAGACAGUGAACCUGUCAUGAUGAGUAAAUACAUACGGCUGUUUCGAGAAAGUUUGUCGGGAAAAGUGCACGCGACAUUUCCGAAAGGUAUUGUGGGUGGUUUUGAGUUCACUGCACUUCGAAGAAAUUUGAAAGAAUGGCACUGGAGGCCAUGGACGUAUGUUUGCGAGUGUUAAAGGAAAGCAACAAAAGUAGGUUCGACAGCUACAGUGUCAGGAACAUUGUAUUGAUCAUAUCCCAUAUUACCUUUCGGGAUUCUCGCUUGCACAUUUUUUCCGACAACCUUUCUCCAAAUAGCUGUAUACUAUUUGUGAACGUACGCACUGCCACAUUUGAAUGAUUGGUUGUUUCAAUGUUUAUUUUUAAAGGUCAGUCAUAGAACAACCAUUCUUACGCUACCACGAUGUCAAGCCUGGAUCUCAAAUCAAGGUACAGCCUACCCAGCUUGAGAAAAUAGCCCACAUUUCGCGAAGCAACCACUGCCUUCCUCGAAACGAGCGCCGAAAUUCCAUACUGACGACGCAUCACUACCCAAAUGUUGGUAGUGCUUCUGAUUGGUCGUGCUGCGUGGGAAAUUUACUUCAGCCAAUCAGAAGCACUACCCAGAUCUGGGUAGUGACGCGUCAUCAGUGUGGAAUUUCUGUUCUCGCUUCUCAGACUUCAUUUCGGGAAGAAACCAGUGGUGGCGCCGAAAAAUGUCGACAGUUUUCUCUACCCUUCCUAGCUGGCGGGAUUAGUGGGCGAGUGCUGUAGUUUUUUGGCGGCCGUUUUUUUCGCCGCUGGCGAAAAUCCCUCGCGGUGUCGCCGCUAAGGAUGAAAGUACACCGACCACAAGAAUCCGGCCAGCCACUAAGGCUAGUUUUCUCAGGCCACAACCUGUCUGGCCGCUCUUUUUAUUCUGUUUGCAAUUUGAGUUUCCAUCCGGUAAUUAACUUAUGUAUAAUACUUGUGAAUCAUAAGAAACUACCCGCGUGGUAGUGCAAUCCUUGUAACGCUCUUGUCAACGUCAGUAUUAGUGCUCAUUUGUGAAAAAUGAAGAAAUUGACUCAAAAUCUAUUUAAGUCUAAAUUAUUUUAAGCAAUUGGCCAGAGUACAGAAGAACAGAAAAGAAAGUGACUAGUGAAUAGAAUGAAUGGCAUCUUGUCUGACUACCCACUGCAUUUUCAAAAUCUUUAAAAAAAGAAACGAAACUUUUCCUGCAGAAAUGAAGCUUAGUAGAACCCAGCAAAGGGAACAAAAUGCCGAACAAGAGCGAAAAAAGGCGAGAGGGAAAGAAAGCACAAUCAUAUAACAGUCCCACGCGCUCAUCUUUCUAGAUAAAAAGUGUUUGAUUUCUGUGCAUCUCUGGCCUGAAAAGCUGUAUUACAUGGGGUUAGCACCAGGAACGAACAGACCAGAAAAAUAACAACAGCUUCAUAUUUUGUUAAUGAGAUAAUCGAAAUAAGGGUCCAGUGGCUAGUACAUGUUAGUUUAACAUUGUGAUGCUACAUGUAUGUUUAUGUCGUUGUUAGGGCAAGAUAAUCACUCUGGAAAAGUUUGGAAUGCUGGUUUCUGUGUCAGAUCACAUCAGAGGCUUGUGUUCUACACUUCAUUUAGCAGACAUCAACCUUAAACAUCCAGAAAAGAAAUUAAAGGAGGGAAAAGUUGUCAAAUGUAGGGUAAGUGAGUUUCAAGCGAGGUCUUAUCAGGUUUGGAUGUAGUGGAAUAAAGUCAAAGUAAAGGAUACGUAUCUUGAUAACUGGUUACAUAUCUUGGAAUGACUCGAGUAACUGCAAAAGAGGCCGUUGGUUACUGUAAACUGAGAUUACUCUUUUGUACAGUUAUCUGCUGUGAAGCCCUCAUCUCCAAGACUUUGCACAGUACACCGAGCUUGUAACAGACCAAAGAUGGCACUGCAAUGUUGAAUACUUUUAAGGUGAACUGCAGUCACUUGUUAAGAGGAGAACCUGUCAUGGCGAGACUGCACUGGAAUAAGUGACCCCGUUUCCGUUUUUCGCGGUGCGGCAAUCGCGAGGACGUACUACCAGUAGGAAGCUGUAGCAAGGACGACCGCGACGGCAACGAGAAGGUCAUAAUUAAAAGAAAUAGGUUUAGUAAGCAAAACAACAAUUUCGCACGUGCUGCACGCUUUUUUGUUCAUUUCUUUGCCGUGACUACACGAAUAUGACGUGAAAUUCCUUAUGCGAUGUUUUAUGGAAACACGACGACAUUUUUUCCCUCUUUUUGAGCUUAGAAUUAAACUCCAACAUUUAAAGCGAGUUGGAAUAAACGCGUCAAAAAUGCAAAGGUUAGAAUUCAUUUUCAGAGUGACAUGUUCGCUGCCGUCACCGUCGUCGUUGCUGAAGCUACCUAUGUUUGUUUGUAAGUGUACAGACAGCACUGAGUACUCUAAAUAUCAGGACAUGCGUGUCAUGAAAAAGUCUUCUUUUACUGACAACAAUUAUUUGGUUUUUGGUCCAAGACUGCACGCCAUUCUGGUCGAGUGGCCGGUACAUUUCUUGGAGUGAUGUUUCAGCUUUGUUUUUGUGUACUUUAAGGUCCUUUCAGUUGAACCUGAUCGCCGAAGACUGCUAUUGACGCACAAAAAGACAAUGGUGGAAUCCGAUCUUCCUUUCAUCACGGACUACAGUGAUGCUAAGCCUGGUGUCAGCACUCAUGGCUUUAUCACGGCCAUCAAAGACUUUGGUUGCCUUGUAACAUUUUACAACAACGUGAAGGGUCUGGUGCCUCGAACUGAGCUGGGGUAAGUGUUCUGUACCUUAGGCCAUUUCCGAGUUCCCCCAUGCCUCUGUAUCAAAACAAGGUUUACUGCUCAGCGUUUGAUAUGGAAAUGAUUUUCAUUCUCAUGCAAAUAAAACUCAUUUUCACAAGAAAGGUUGUGCACUUGGCCUCAUUUUGAACGUGAGGGGUUUUGGAACUCGGAAGUGGCCUUUUCUCCUUUUCAGAUCCAAGAAGGAAACUGGGCCGAGUUAACUUUCGUAAAGACUUUUGGUAAUGUUACUCGGGAUAAGAAAGAAAAAUGACCAAUAGCUGACCAACGCGUCACAAGGAACGAUCCCCGAAACAAUUGCGGGACGCAUUUCCCUUCCAGUUCCCUUCUAGUUUCUUAAGUGGUACCAUAGGUAAUUAAAGUGGAAUGGUUGGGAAACCCUUUGUUAUAGGUUUUUGUUAGCUUUUUUGGACCUGACCGUGCACAACAUUCAAUAGCAUUCCUAUCAUUUUAAAGUUAUUGACCAAUAGAAACAUUGCAUUGAUUUAUUCAGUCAUAAUUUGUGAACAGAAAACAAAGGAUUGUGCACAGUCAGGAAGCUUGCAACAUCAACUAAAGCACCAUUGUUUUCAACUUCGAUGUUUGCCGGGUUUCCUAACCAGUCUCCUCUACUAACUAUGGUGGUGGUGGUACAUGCUACGGCAAUUGAGUUAUCUAGUACACCCGUCCAUAUUUGUACUGCUGACAGAUCGAAAAUUAAUGAACACAUUGUAUGAGUUUAAAAUAAUGAACAUUUGAAAAUCAUAUGUAGGAACUGCAAAGUCAAGAAUUAAAUGAAAGAAAGAAGAUCAUCGAAGCUAUAGAUGCAACUUUUGCAGUUGUGAAAAGGAAGCCUGAAAAAUUUAGGCUUGUACGGGAUACCACAAAAAAAAAAAAAGGAAUUUGAAUCAGAAAGAUGUAUUUUACUGUUAUUUCAACGUUGUGAGAUUUCAUCGAGCACUGUACUCUGACGGUAGUUCCAGACCUCCAUCCCGAUGUUUAAGGACGUAGGACGGGCCAAUUUGAGAACGAAAUCGGAAUUGGAAUCGAGUCAAUUAUCUUAUUUCAAACCGAGCGGGGAUAAGAGUCGGUUUAUUAUGGGGUAAACAAAACGACACCAACAAAGUCAGAAAGUAGAAAUCGAGAUUUUUAGAAAAUCCUCAAUUUUGGUGUUUAUCGGGCCUAUAUUUAACAAGAUACAGCAAUUCAAAACUCCAAAAUUUACUAAGAAAUAUAUAGAUUUCCGGAGAGUGUCUCUGGCAAUCCAUACAUCUCUCAGUAAAUUUUCAAGUUCUUAAAUAGCUGUGUCUUGUUCAAUAUUGGGCCGAUUANGGAUAAGAGUCGGUUUAUUAUGGGGUAAACAAAACGACACCAACAAAGUCAGAAAGUAGAAAUCGAGAUUUUUAGAAAAUCCUCAAUUUUGGUGUUUAUCGGGCCUAUAUUUAACAAGAUACAGCAAUUCAAAACUCCAAAAUUUACUAAGAAAUAUAUAGAUUUCCGGAGAGUGUCUCUGGCAAUCCAUACAUCUCUCAGUAAAUUUUCAAGUUCUUAAAUAGCUGUGUCUUGUUCAAUAUUGGGCCGAUUAACACCAACGUUGAGAAUUUUGCAAACCUCAAUGUUUGUUGAGAAUUUUGCAAACCACCGGCUAUGUGGGUCUCUUGUUCUUUGUAAGUUUCCUGAGAUUGAAUUUUUUUGUACACAGGAUAUCCCCUGAUACUGAUCCACGAAGUGCGUUCUAUAUUGGUCAAGUGAUGAUAUGCUAUGUACUGAGCUGUCAGCCUGAUCAGGCCAAAUUAAGGCUCUCAUUCAAGGUACAACAUAACAUAAGCUUAAUUUUUCUUGGUUUUAAACGUCCGUUACAUUUGUCACGUCUUACAGGUUUUACUUUAUUCCCUGCUCUUGCACAAGUGUAUUUGUAAAGUUGCUAACCAAUUGGCUUACCUUUUCGCCUAAGUUAGUUCAUGUACUGGAAUGAGCGUCAAUAGGGAGUUUAAGCAGCCAUGUUUUUGAGCGACGCACCUCAACCGGAAGUGGACUUAUUGCACUCUUGAGCCUUGGUUUUGAAUACGUUUUUGGGCAAAUCGUCUCUUUAAGAGUAAGGACACUCAGCAAUACAAAUUUGGUAGCGUUAAGGCAUAUUAUAAAAGAAAAAGGCUCACUUUCGGUUGACAAUCGUCACUCAAAAACAUCGCUGCUUUAACUCCCUAAUAUACUCUUACCACGUAAGCAUAAAAGCGAGGCCUGAGGGCCACCAGAUUUCCCUCAAACUUAAAAAAAAGUAAACAGGGAGGUGAAAACUGGAACGAUUUGUGAGUUAGAGGUUAAAAUUAACCCCAAAAGAUAUUCCUGGAGCAGUUAUAGUGAAUGAACGCGCCUUGGAAAGUGGACAGUAGAGAAACUAACCUUCCGCAAGGAUCCUUCGGAAAUACAUGAAAAGUCAAGACUUUGCUAUUAUCGGAACGAUUAUACCAACCGCAGCAGCGCAGCAGUUGUGAGAACUAUUUUUUUGUUGUUGUAGUCGUAGGGUGCGCCUCUGCCACUUUAUACAAUUUAAUUGCGAUUCGGCCCUUAGGCCUCGCUCUCAUGCCUACGUCGUAAGUGUGUAUAAUAAAUAUUGUGCUGCAAAUAUUUUGUACUUCGUUCCUGUCAUCCUCCUUGUGCCCAAUAUUUAUGUUCGAUGUUUCCGGUUGUCAUUUAGGAAACAAGGAAAUGCUCGUAAUACAUUGUAGUUUAAGUGAUGAGAAGACUUCACGACGCAAUGUCCUGCAGUUUAACUCAAGUUAAUUUUGUCAUUAUUAAAAUCUUGUUGUAGUCAAGUUUCAAGUCUACAGCAGCUCCUUUGGAAACCGACAAAGUUGCAGGACUGGUGAGUUGAAUUUUACACAGCUUUGUCAGUCAUUUCCUGAUUGUAACAAUAACUAUCCUGUAACUAAAACUGGGAUUUCCCAAACGAGCAUUAUAUGAACUCAUGUAGUCUGUCUUAUAAAGCCAAAGGUUUUACUCUAACCGACAUUUAGAAGUUGCAGGUUAUGUGUUUGCCAAGACUGCGCUUCCAAGACAUUUCUGGAAGUUAGUCGCGCACGUCUAACUUUGGGAGUCAUUUUUUAACAGAGUUGUAAAUGUCAGUCGGUCAUCGGACAAUGUCUGACAUUUUUUUGGUCCGUGUCCGUGGAAAACGUAACUGUGGUAGAGCAUGAUGUCUGAUCCAAAAUAUUUAAUAUCAAAGACCAUCACUUUGAGCACGAGCGGACGUCCUUCUUUCCUCAGUCCCACGCGCGGCAAGCGAGAACGUACAAUUAUGCAACUUAAUGGUAUAAACUCAAAAGAAAAACAAGAGGCUGCUCGCCGACUAAUUACUUUGCAGAUUAAUGAAAUUUGCCUUUGAGAAAAUGCGAAUCUCUGUACCACCGAAAGAGCAACUGGUAGUUAUCAGCCUAUCUGUAAAUUCCGCAUCCACCGUGCACAAUUUUCGUCAAAGUGGCCCAAUGCGUCUUUGAUUGAAUCCGUCCGCUUUUUUUGUUUUGUCCGAGGAAAAUGGUCACUUGACUGGACAUAUGUCCUUCGAUGAAAGAACAUUUAUUUGCAGCUUUGUUAAAGGUAGCUAAAAUUGUUAACUUUUAUCUCGACCUUGGUUAUUCUCAUCCAAUACUGUUAAUUAUCCAGCAAUUUUAGCUGCGAGACCGAGAGUUUUUAAUAACCAUCCUACUUUUCAUCCAACAGCUUCUUGAAGGUGAUGUGGUAAACAAUAGUGCGGACGGACUGGACAUUUUACUUCAGCCUAGUGAAGCUCCUGCAUUUCUCCCUGUUUCCCAUUUGUCGGAUCAUCUGAUUAACUGCAAAGCUCUUCUUUCUGUUUAUACUCCCUCUACUAAGCUGACGAAUGUCGUUUAUUAUGGCAGGUCCAAGGACAAAUCUAUGGUAUCCUUGUACAUUUGUGUAAAAUUGCUCGCGUUUUAAAGCGAUGUUUUAAGCCACAGUUGUACCAAAUUGGAAAAUCGUGAUUUUGUGUCCAAGUUUGCGGAAAGAAUAGAAGACACCGCUGUGAUUUCAUCAGUAAAUGAUUGGUUAAAACCUUUAGUGUGUCAUGUAUUGAGCAGAUUUUACAAUUUAAAGUUUGUCAGCAAGAUAUAGUCGUUUAAAUUAGCUAAAUCUGUCGUCCCUGAAAUUAACACCUUAUAUCUUUUUAUAAAAGCGCUCUUUAAGAAUUCCGCUCAAUACAUUGCACACUACUGUCUACCAAGUAUACCCCUCUGCAGAGCCAACUCGUGAAGUUUUGUAUCUGCGCUGAAUUCUUGGACACAAAAUUUUCAAAUUUUGAGACUUCCGAAGGCGUCCCGACUACUACGCGAGUGCCAAGCAAGGCAUGCCUAAUUGUGGUAAUUAUUUCAAAAUUAUUAGGAUUUGGACAAAACGCGCGUGAAAUUAUUCCCUAAUUUCACUCGUCACCAUUUGAUUACACAUACUUGCAUUCCACGCUUUAAUUUUGUUUAUAACCUGCGAUGUUUACAAGGAUUUUGGAGACGUGCACGUGAACACUUUAACUUAUACGCUCAUCUUUUAUCCAGUUAUGAAUGUCUCGUAAACCUGUCGGUGUCAGUCGUUGUACUUCGUGCAAAUGCUUUAAAUAAAUACAUAACAGUGAGUUCAAGGUGUCCUCCGCGACCUUAAAGUGAAUAAGAUAGCAGGCUCGACAAUUCUUUAACAGAUCAUUAUCUCAGCUGGUAUCACUAAAACCCUCUCUUGUCAAAGCAGCAACAAAAAGAAGCCUUUUAAGAAGCUUUAGUGACCUAAAGGUUAGUACAUUAACCAAUAUCCUACAGUUAUUUGUGAUUAAUAGAAACUACCGUAACUAGCAUGCUAUCGAGAAUUUUACAAUCUGAAUGGCUAACAUACUCACCAUUGCUAGCAAUAAGCAGAUGGGAUAAUGAGUAGCGAGCCGGCGUUUUGAAUGAAAACAAUGGCAAUUUCCUCAACAAAUCUUUUGUUUGUGUUUGUUUUUUUUUUGGCGAUAUUUCUUGGAAAGAAUCGAUUAAAAUACCUGCUAGUUAACAAUGCUCUCCAAGUAAAUGCUUAAGUGCCUCAAAAUACUGAAUGGAUUUUUUUUAAUUUUAAGAAGUGCAGAUUUAGUUGUGUAUUUGUGGAAAACAGACGACGUUUUUUCGUGAAUUCCAGUUGUGUAAAUAAAGGCUUGAAUUGAAGUAUUGUCAUCAAACCUUUUGUACAGAACUGAAGGAAGUAUGCUGUUGGAUUUGUACUCAAAUAAUUGGAAAAAUUGAACAGUAGGACUUGUACCUUAAAACUUCAUUGUGACAAAGUAAACGAACUUGUUAUUACCGCAUUGUACAGGUUUAAUGAUAAUUUUCGCCUUUGCCUUCAAUAUAAUUUGCCUCUAGGUGGGAAUGAUUUUACCAGGCGUUGUCAAGAAGCUGAUGACUUAUGGAGUAUUCAUUGAAUUUUCCACUGGAAUUUUUGGCCUCGCUCCAAACUCUGUAAGUAUCAUGAAUGUACGCCAUCGUUCUGCACACGUAUGGUUACCGACUGAUCAACUAAUCUCCUGCUAUAAACUCGGAGAUGCUAGCUGGUUCAUCCUUCUCCAUUCGCAAAAUGGUGGUGACAAAGGAAAGAAAGAAGAAAGAAAGGAGAAGAAAUCUAUACUAAUUCCCCUGAAAAGCAAAUUUAUUUCAAUUUUACACUUAAUGAUUUAAUUCUGAAUUCCUGUUAUUUCCUUCCAGUUUCUAGCCGAUCAGUUUGUGUCUGAGCCUGCUUCACAUUUUCACAUUGGACAGACAGUUAUGGCAAAGGUUUGAAAUUACAAUCAUUAAUGUAGGAAAUAAAGGUUCUUGAAGGGGCUAUGUCACGCUAAUUAUAAUCAAAUGUAUGAGUUAAAGGUUCUUAAAGGGACUAUGCCACGCUAAUUGUAAUCAUUAAUUUAUUAGUUAAAGGUUCUUAAAAGGGCUAUGUCACGCUAAUUGCUACCUUUUUAAUUAAAUCAAUUGAAGUCCAAAAAUAACUAUCCAGUUUUGUUAUUUAAGAAUAUAUUUGUUCCCCGAAUACAAUCAACUCCCUUUAUAGCGGACACUGUAGGAACCUCGAGGUAGUGUCCUCAUUAGCGAGGGUCCGUAAUAGCGGGAGUUUAUUUCAGUCAAACAUCUGUAAUUUAUUUUGCCUGGGAUUUAGCUGUUUUCCGUAUUAUCGGGUUGCCCGUUAUAGCGGGGUGUCUGCAAGGCGAGACUUUGACCGUAUUUAGGCGUUGAAACUGUUUCCUACCGUCCAUUGCAACGGAUGGCACGGAUGGACGUGGAUUGAACUAAAGAAAAGUUGGGCACCUUUUUUAAGUUUUUGUUGCUGUGCCUGCAAAUGUCACUAAAAAAAAUUAUGGUUAGUGCUCACUGAUGAAAUUUGUUUGAUAUCUUGUUCAGGGAUCAUUUUGUGUUUGAGUAAAGGCACCAAGUAAUGACUCCAGCAUAGAUUUGACCUAAAACAGCAAUAUUCUCAUGACAAAGCCCAUUUAAACCACGCCAAAAUGCAGAGCUUUCAUUCACUCCAAAAUCACUAACAUCGGUCUCUGUCGUUCCUUUCUUUUGCUCGCCAUGAUUGUUGACUUUGUUUUCUUUAGUUAGCUUGUUUGUUUAAUUUGAAAAACGUAGUGAAGCAUGCGAUUUCCGUCGAAAAACGCGGGUUGCCUAUAAGAGUUCCUAUCAAAAACGCGGGACAUGCACGGUAGAGCGGAUGGUUGAACAACCACUACCACUCAAAAAAAAUUACAUUACAUUCUUUUAAAACGUAUUCUACAAAUUUAUGACAGCUGUUAUUGGGUUUCCCAGCCAUAUAAUGUUGAACAUAUCAAAAUCUACUUGACUAAUCCACAACAAUAAUUUUUCCAUAGGCUUUACUCUUAUCAACCAUAGAAUGACGUCAAUAUGUUAAAAAAUCAAGUAGAACCAUUAUAUAGCUGCAGGCGAGUGGUUUCACGGCAAAGUUUUGAACAUUUUUACGUCAUUUCUUUGGUCGGUAAAAGUACAGACCAUGGAAAUUGCUGUCAAGUUGUCUUUUUACAAUAACACUGACACUUUCGGACGUUCAUUUCCGUUGAAGAUUCUCAGAAAAUCGUCCGCGCAAGAAAGAGAAAAAAAAUUGCGUCACCAUCACGUCAUUUCCAAAGUCUUUACUGUUUUCGACCAAAAAUCUCGACCAGUCUAUCAGCGCGAGAAGUUAUUGCUAAGUUAUCGUGAAAAAUGUUCUGGAGACGAAGUAAUACAGUUUGAAAAGAAAUGGAAAAUGAAACAUUUGAAAUUGAGAUAAGCUCUGCGUUAUAUGGAACCCAUCAAAGCAUUGUCGAAAGCAUGUCGAUUCACAGGCGCAGCAGAUUUCACUUAGGCCCAUUUCAUACGAAUUCCAUCAGGCUGAAACUGUAUACUCAAUUGAAUUCGAAGUAAUCUGGUUUCAAUUGUCUACACGAAUUCGCAAAUCCGUCGGUUCCAAAAAAAAAAGCAAAAGCAAAACAAAACAAUACAAAACGAAAACAUACUCUGGAGAGUGGUUUCAAAAAGAUGCUGCAUCGAUGAGCAGUUUCACUGAUUUCGUCUGGACGGAAGGCCGAUUCGGGUAAAAAAGAUCUGGUUUCAAAAAUAUCCUGAUUCGUAUGAUCAUGGCCUUACUUAAAACCAACACACCUUUUUUUUUUCAAUCUUUGUGUGUUAGGUGACCGAAAUUGAUGCAGAGAGACAAAGAUUUCUCGUCAGCCUCAAGCCGUCUGAAUGCUUCCCAGAACGAUACUCUGGAGGCUCUGAUGUUGUAAAUGGAGUAGAACUGUUGGAAAAUUUUCUAUCGGAAAGGCAGAAGAUUGCACUGCAGCUGGCAGCCAGUUCAGGUAUUUCUAAGCUUGACAGACUAAGGCCAAGUCCAAACGUCGAACUUGAACUUUUCAUGAGACGGACCAAACUUAGUGUGUUAAGUUCAUGAAAAGUUCCACGUCUUGCUCAGUUAAGUUCGUGUGAAUGAGUUUGGAUCGUCCAACACGUUCUAUCCGCCUGAAGAUCGUUUCCGGGACAAACGUCGAUCUUCACAUGCGACGAACUAAACUAAUGAAUUAAAAAUUUGUAUGAUAAUGUAUCUUUAGCCUCGUUAGGGAAAAAAGUUUAUUAAAAUUUCUGUUUGGUCUGAUUCAGUUUAUUGGUUCGAAGCGUCUUAAGUUGGACGUCUGACCCAACAGACGAUCUUAACUUUUUUUAGGUUGACCCAAAUUAGAGUUUUGUUCGUCUCAUGAAAAGCCCGACGUUUGGCCUAGGCCUAAAAGAAUUUUUUUGUUGCCUCUGGGAGGAAGAAUAGUGGACAAUAUCAUUUACAAAAUAAGGAUUUGAUUACUUACGCCCUCAUUUCAAGCUUUUAAAAAUUAUAUUGCGCUUAUUACAUGUUCUUAUUUUUUUCCAUAUUAUUUUCAUAGAGGAGAUGAAAGUUCUGACCUCGUUGACUCCAGGAACCUGUGUUGAAGCAAAGGUGAUUUUAUUAAAAUUGACAUCAAUAUGAUUUAUUUUAAAUAUUAUCUACUGGUAGACCCUGGUAUCACCAUCGGGUGAUAAUUCACUAAAGAUCAUUACGCCACCCACAUUUAACUGCCUAAGAACGGUGGUCUGCCCAUGCACUGGUUUGUCACUUCCUCUCUUUUUGAAAUUUAAAGAAUAUUAUGUUAUUUUCCGCGUUGGCCAAUUGUUUUUAUCAGGUUGUUCAUGUGAAGUUUCAAGGCAUCGUGCUGCAGCUAGCUGAGAGAGUCCAGGGAUUUGUUCCACAUCAGCUAGCCAAAGGUCGGUUUAUAUCAACCCGGUUGGAAUGUAAAUACCACAGAAUAGAAAUUACUUAACGAACUGUCUUAUAGUAAAGACAUUAACAAGGGCUAGUGUCGUGUCUUUCUUGGGUCAGUGUGUGUACGUCAUAAAAAGUUUUAGUGCAUGAGGAAUCUGAAGAAUCCGUAUUCUCUGUUUUCACUGUCACGCCAUCAAGAAUAGAAAUUGAAACUAUUUAAUACAGAAAGUCAAGAAUCUGAGAAAUGGGCGGAGAUAAAUAGGCAAAAAGCUUAACCACGAUUCAGGUCUGUGCGAUACUAAAUGUACGAAAUAAUCGAAACAAUUUUUGCGAACACUUAAGGCUGGGUUUCACAAGCGACGAAGUCGGAGUCAGAGUCGCAAGCGGAGUCGUAAGAACGCUUAUGACCUAGUGAAAAUCAAAAGUCGGAGUCGUAAGCGGAGUCAUAAGCGUGACGGAAUCGGAAUCAGAAUCGGAAGGAUAAACCAAUCACAAUUCGCGUUCCCACGCUUUGUGAUUGGUUUAGUUCUUCCGCUUUUGUUUGCGACUCCGACGACCAAGUUUUCACUUGAUCGUAAACGAAGGAGUCGUAAGCGGAAUCAGAACGCUGUUUUCACUAGAUCGUAAAGUUCUACACUUCUGAUUACGACUCCGACUCCGUCGCUAGCGAAAACCAGCCUUUAUGGAGCUUUGUAUGAAGACGCCGUGUUGGGGCACAAAUAUGACGGGCGGAAACUAACAGAAACCUCUAUCUUUGUAGUUUUUCUACAAAGGCAUGAAGUCAUCGCUUGAGGAACUUACAAGGAUUAAAGUAAUGUUUAUUCUGAGACAAAAAAAUUUUGAUAGAAAAAUCGGUAACGUUGUUAGCCUAAUUGAGAGCUUUCCCGGCCGCCAUCUAAAUACCGCGUCAUGUUAAAGCCUAGAAAUUCAAGCGUCCUCUAUCGCAAACCGAAGAAUCCUUUCCAACCGAAAAUUUGUAGAAAUAAAAGUGUUUAGCUGCUGUAAUGCCUCAUGAAAUUAAGCACUCAGAAGAAUCAAUAAUUCCUUAGUCUGAAUUUUGGUGACGUCAUCUGACAACCGAGAAUACCUUAUUAUAGGAAAUUAACGAUGCACUUUAUUAACGCGAUUUUAAUUUAAAUCUCACUAUUUUACAUCAUUGUUGUUUUACAGCACCUUUAUUUCAAUAACAAAACCUCGUUUUCUCAUAGUUCCUCUAUGAACGCCUCGGAGUCACUAUCUGACAGUUCUUCUUUAAGAAUUGAGUUCAAAAUCACUUUCGACUGGUCUUCGUAUUGAUUCGUUUCCCCGAAGGUGACUGGAAAUGACUGAAAAUGCAAUUUUUUUCCUUUAGAUAUGUAUGUUGAGAAGUUUGUAUUGCAGCAAAUUCGCGGAAAAUAAAGUUAGGCGCACAUUGCUUUCGGAGAUUUCGCGUUAAUUUGAUGUAUGUAAACCUUACUUUUGGAAAAUUCGCGUAAAUUUUGUGUAACGUAACUUUUCUUCGUGUUGUCAACGUGCAUCGUUAAUUUCCAAUAAUAAGGUAGUCCAAUAUUAACUGUCUUUAUUUGUUUUGAAGGAGUAAGUUGUGACCCUGGCGAAGUUGUAUUUGGUUGUGUAUUAGACUGGGAUUUUGACAAGAAAGUGGUCUUCAUCUCGUUGAACCCACAGCUGGUAGCACAACGAAAAACUGUGAAUUCUCAGAAAGUUAAACAAAAGAAGGUAACGUUCAGUUAACGUUUCAUCUCCAGAGGUUCCCAAACCUAAAACUGGCCACAAGGAAAAACAGUCUCAGUGGAAAAUAUCCAAAAGCAAAGGGUACUAACCAUUUAUGUUGGCGGUUUCAGAUCUUUAAAGGGGCCAUGUCAUAUUAUUUGCUAUUUGUUUGAAAAGCUAAAACUUGUCUUCGCAUCUAUUUUUUUACCAAAAAUUAUGGGCUAGGUUUGUUAUUUAGGGCUAUAUUUAAGUAUUGAAAAAAUUUCUGUCGUCUGUUGCGACGGGUGGCAAGGAUGGACAUGGAUUGAGACUUUAAAAAGUUGGGCUAACGUUUGCAAGUUUUGAUGCUUAACCUGCAAAAACCACCGCGAAAUAAUGAUUAAGAUUAGUGCAUUAAAUUUGUUUGUUAUAGUUUGCGUAUGGGAAAAGGCACUAAGUAAUGACUUAAACAGAGAAUUGACUUGAAAAGCAGUAUCCUCCUGAUACAGCUCCUUUAAAGCUACGGUAAAACGCCGGGGCAACAAAAACGUGCAACUUGUUUUGCAACACUGCUUCAAAACGAGUUGAAAAGCAAUGUUGUGCGUUUUACCACUCACGAAUCAAACCUGUCUUGCAACAAAUCAGUUUGCGACAAGUUGCGAGAAUACUGACUUCUGAUUGGAUAAAAUUACGCGGGAGUCACGCCGCACACGGGAGGUACGUCACUGGUUGCAAAACAAGUUUGCCUUGGGCCGGAAAACGCACAACAUGUACAGAUUUUGUUGCAAAAAGUAGAACUAGUCUCUACCUUCUAGAACAAGACAUUUGAUGGGUGGGUGGUAAAACGCGCAACAUCGCUAUUCAACCGCGUUUUGCAGAAAACGAGUUGCACGUUUGUGCGGCCCGUUUAACCGCACCUUAAGUAAGUGGCUCAUCCAGCUUUUCCAUUUCCUAAGAUAAGAGGGGGACCCGGCCUUGGAGAUAAUUUUUUCUCGGCCCAGCGGGCCUCAGUUUUUCCUGAAAUUAUUAAUCUCGCGUGAAAGACUGUUGAUUAGCGUUUGCUUACCUUAGCUUUAAUUUCAUUUAGCUUCAUUUAGAGUUUUCUAUCGUACAGCUAAAAAGCGGACAGGAAGUUGAAGCUUGUGUCCAACUCAUCAAAGAUAACUACAUUGUGGUGAUACUUCCUCAGCAUGGCUACCGGCUGGCUUAUUCACCCACUAAACUGGUAUGGGUUAUUGUAGACCUAGGAGUUGGGCCUAUUUUGUCGAAGAAGUCCGUAAAUUUUACUUUUUAGUCGAAGAAAAGGCACUUUACUCAAAUCAUUAAUGAUUAAAAAUAAUUACAAGUCUAACUGAUCUGUGAGUACCAUUGGUCAGUUAUUUUCGAAGUCAUUAAUAUCUCAAAACGUAUUGUUAAUUAAGUCUCAUAGUCUUAUUAGGUCUUAAAUUUCUAUAGAAAGAAAGAGAACAGAGAAAAGAACAAUAAAUAAAUACGUAAAUAAAUUGGAUAACAUAAAAAAAGUAAUUAAACGAAUUGAACUAAAUACUGUAAACUAGCACGGAAGAGUAGAAAAGAUUAAUCAAAGCAGGAAUUAAAAGUUAGCAAUUAAUUAUCAAUGGUAAAUGAGACAUUAGCCAGUCUGUCGAUAAAGAAAUCAGUCAGUCAGUCAGUUAGUUAGGCAAUUCAGUUUGUAGUCAGUCUGUUUGGUCAUCAGCCCUCAAGUCCAUGAAUUGAACGGUUUAUCGCUUGACCAGUGAGUUAAUGAAUUAACCAGUCAGUCAACUCCAGUAUUUGGUCAGUUAGUCUUUCAGGCAGUUAUUCAUUGGUUAGUCGGCCAGUCAGUAAUAUAACUACUUUAGUCACUGAGUCUGUGGUUCAGUCAGUUUGUCAAUUCAUUAGGCACUCAAUGGAUAUGUCAGUCAGUCUGUCCGUUCAUUAGGCAGUCAAUGAAUCAAUUAUUCAGUCGACUCAUCAACCUGUUAAUCUGUCAGUCAGUCUGACAGCCGGUCGGUUGGUCAAUCAGUCAGUCAGUCAGUCUGACUGUCAGUUAAUCUAUCAUUCUCCCAGUUCAUAACCUGCCCAAUGAAUCGGUCAGUGAUUCAUCAGUCAGUCAGUAGGGUGUUUUGUCUGUUCGUCAUUUAUCGACCAGUCGUUCCGUUUAAUUUUACAUAAAAUGCAACCAUAACAUACAUUUGUCGUAAAAAAGAAAAUUUGAUUUGCCUCUGUUAAGUGUUAUUUGUUUUCUUUCGUAGCAUUUAAAUGACAUCAGCGAUGCGUCCAAACGAUUUGCUGUAGGACAGACGUAUUCUGCUUUUGUACAACGACAAGGAAGUAUGAAAGAUAAUCUUCUACCGCUCGUAACGCUUCGAGAGAAACACGUUGGAAAGGAAAAUAUUAUGCCUGGGGCCAUAACCACUGCACAGUAAGUAACUAAGGAGUCAUUAAAAAUUUGUAUUAACAAAAAGCCUCACGAGAGAGAAUUUUUACUUUUUAGGGUUAAAUCAGUCAAAGACUUUCAGAUGAACGUGAACUUAUGCGGUGGGAAAUUUCACGGAAGAGUGCAUGUCACACAUGUUUGUGAUGAAGUCACGGAGGUGAGAAUAUAAAGUGGAGGUUGGACAACACAGAAAGUGAUGUUUCAGGGAUAUGUCCCAGGAAUAUGUUGUUUCGAUAUGCCCCAAGGAUAUGUUGCAGGGAUAUUCCGGGAAUAUGUUGCAGGCAUAUAUCCGAGUGAUAUGUCCCAGGGUUAUUUGGAGGGAUGCAUCCCAGGUAAUUGACCCGGGGAUAUGUCCCAGGGUUAUGUUGUAGAGAUGUGUCCCAGGGGUGUGUUCCUGGGAUAUGUCCCAGGUAUAUGUUCCAGGGAUUUGUUCUAGGGAUAUGCAAUGGUUUUAAUGGCUUAUGUCCCAGGGAUACGUUCCUGAAACAACUUGUCCGAUAGUGUAAGAUGUCCUUGCAACGGACUCUAUAGUUGAACCUACGACUAGUCUUCUUUGUGUUGGUGUUCUGGAAAAGACGGCAAAAAACACUUGUUUCCGCGACAUUCUUCCGUUUACUGCCAACUCCCUUUUGUCAGAUGCCUCUUUGUUUGUUGAGCCAUUUCUUGUUUUGUAGGGUGAGUCUCCCUUCAAAGCUUUUCAUAAUGGAGACAAGGUUCAAGUUAAAAUAAUGGGAUUCAGGGACACAAAGACACACAAGUAAGUUCGUAUAUAAGAUGUGUCUGUGAUAGUUCAUAGUUCGUUAAUGCCUUAUUUGAAAACGUAGUGACCUAUAUGGUGUUAUGUGGCGAUCGAUGGAGCUGAAGGAGAAGUCCCGGGCGACAAGAAAUCUUCUGCAUUUAAAUGCUUAGAUUAGACUUACAGCGCUUUACUAUACACUACAACUUUGAUUUAUUUUCUGUUUCUGUACUAGAUUCCUACCUAUAUCGCACCAAAAUUUUACCAAGGCUGUGGCAGAGCUUACAAUGAAACCAAGGUAAUGAUUAUUAAUGCUGUUAUUAUUCAUUACGUAAAUUCACCCAAAUUUCAGUCCUUUCUUUUCGUGCAAAGUCCAUACUUUACAACAUGAUUACCAACAACUUGCCAAAAAAAAAAACAUAAAAAACAAGCAAUUAAACUUACGUGAAUAUGACAUAAUUCGAAUUAUUAUUAUUAAUUAAUUUAAAGGGGAUAGACAGCUAAAUGUCGUAACUGUUCAUUAGUACGAUACCUAAAAUGUGUGCAAUUCCACACUGGUUAAUGGCGGGGUCACCAAAAGGAAUCUAGAGGACUUGAAGAUUUUUCCCUCUUAGAUAAUCCAAGGGCUUUUGGAACCAGAAAGGUGUACUGUUUCCGAAGAGGUUACUGUUCAGUUUGUAGUAAACCAUGUUUGUGGUUACGAUUAUUCCUAUCUGCAGUAUAUGUUUAUCCUAAAACAGUAGUAAAGUAGGGACCGGUUAGACCCCUUUUUGCGAAGGAAUCUCAUUAACUUGCGAAGGAAUGCAUUAAUACCUAUAACGUCAUAGCUUUUUGUCUUUAGCUCAUGAAUAAUUAUAUCAUACAGUCUUGGUCUUGUAAGCUGGUGGACGGCCGAUUUCGAGCACGUCCCCGAUACAGCCCUCUAUGACCGGUGUAGUUAUAAUAAAACUUCGACCCUGCUCGCCAUAGAGCCUCCAGCAGCUCAGUGGUGCGAGCGUCCGAACUAGAACUCUGAGGGUCGUGAGUUCGAUUCUCACCUGGAGCUCUGAAUUUUUUCUGAGCUUUCUGGUGUAAGAAUUCUCCUUCUUCCAAAAGGUAAAAUUUGUUGGAAUCUUGAGAUCGAAGGCAAACUAGCCAUUUCCAUUUGUAAACACAAUGUUUUACUCACCUUUCCCCCCUUUUUAUUUCUCCACAAUUCAAUUAUUUCGCUCCUCUUCAUUUUUUAUGUUCCCUCCACCACCGCCACCACCAUAUUGGACCUUACUGAGACUUGAAAGGCAAGAACAGGAAAGUCUUUUACAACUGAUAACCAUUACAUGUUCAUGUUCCUUGAUUUGUUACAGUCAAACUGGGAAACCCGUGAGACAAGAAAUAUUUCUGCAAUGUUAUUGUGUUGCAAGAAAAAAGGCAAUCAGGAGUGAGAAAACUGGACCGCAAACAAGAAUGUUAAUUAGUUUGUAGUUUUGUGUAUAGUUCGCGUGUCUUGAUCUUUGCUGUGAUUGGUCAUAACGCGAUAAACAAUCCUGAGAUAUUUUCAAGCGUUCAUGGUUUUCCCGGUUGCACUGUAAGUAAGGCUAUGUUUACACUUUAUAAUAUCAGAUAGCUUUUGAGCCGGCGCGAAAAAUCAUACUGGAUAGGGAUUCUACCACAUAGGAACGGUGAUUUCGGCAUGAUUUCUGUACCGGAGAGGGAGCUGCGAAGCGCCGAUUUCUAAAGUGGACAGUCACAUAUCGGAUAGGUGCUCAUACUAAACCUGGUGGCUUUUGUAUAGUAUGAGCAUAGCCUACGAUUUAUGGUGAUACGUUUUAAUAGUGAGGGUUUUUUCUUUGCAAUUUGUCUAGUGAGUUGUCGCCAGGCAGUGCUGGAAAAGAGGACGCCGAAUCCACCGAGGACCGUGAGUUGGACAAGAAACUGGAUCAGUAUAAAGUUGGAGAAGAAGUAAAUUGCUUCGUGAAGAUGGUGAGUUUCAUAAAAACCCUGUAAAAACGUAAUCGCGUAUAAUACCAGGAAUUGUACCGUGGAUAAUGGAGGCACCAGAAUUAUGCCCUAUCUGUUCGCUCCUGACAGUUCAAGCAAUGUCUUUGUACAUAGCCUCAGUAUUAGGUAUCACAUUAACUUGGAUACCGUAAAAUUCCGAAAAUAAGCCCCUCCAUGUAUAGGCCCCUCAAAAUAUCAGCCCCCCAAACUCGUAACUCGUCCGUUAAAUCGCCCCUCCAAAUAUAAGUCCCCCGGUGGGUUUGUACUCGGAAAUUCCCCUCAAGUACAAAGUAAAACAAAGCAAAAACGGUAAAUUUCCUUCCAUUUAUAAGGCUAGCCCAAUCAAUUUUGAAACUCAAAUUUCCCUCCGUAGAUAAGCCCCUCCAAACAUAAGCCCCUCAAAAUAGGCCUGUGAAAAAUAAAAGCCCCGGGGCUAAUUUUCGGAAUUUACGGUAUUUCUUCGCUCUUUGUAGGCCACUGAUCACUGCGUAUGGAUGAUGGCGAGUCCGUCAGUUAAUGGAAGAGUUACACUAUUACAUGCUUCUUCAGAUGUGGAGGUAGAGUUAAGACUAAAAUUAGGGAACGUACCUCGUUUAAAGGUCAAGUGAUCUUUUUUGAGGAAUUGGAAUAACAGAAGAACUGUGAGAUCAAUUCUGCUCUUCAAAAAGCUUUUGGGGCUAGUUGAAAUGACGUCUGGGCUAGUAAAUGCUAGCUUCAGCUUGCCCGAAUGGCAGGCUGUAAAAAUGAUUUUCCUUGCACCCUGCUUAGCGGAGCUAUACCUUCGUUAGUUUUAAACAAAUCACUUUCAAACUUGGCAGCUUCUCCGGUUUCAAGAUGUUCUUUCCAACUGUGUUCACGAGUUUUUGCUAACUGUUCCCAGAAUCCCAGUCAAAAAUUGAAGCUGUGGAAGGGUCUAUCGUGAUUAGUAUACAUAAGAUGUGUAGAAAAUGGUUCGCCGAUUGUCCCUUUCUUUUUUGUUUUGUUUGUUUGUUUGUUAUUCGUUAGCCUGUUCCAGGCAUUCAGAUUGUGGGGACGGCGCGAAGAGAUGUGAACAGAAAAACAGCGAAGGGGUGGGGUAGGGAGUUAAAGGGAAGAACCUCAAUUCCCCUAUUCCUCUUUGUUUUUCCCGCUCUCUAACUUUGCGCCACACUCUAAUAGAAGCUUUACAGUACGAGAUUUUCUCAAUACUGAGUAUUGCUCACGCGUGAACCAGUGUCAUUUUGGCGGGAAAACGUGAUAGCCGUCGUCAUUUUACUACGGGUUUCAGCGAGAAUGUCGUAGUGGCGUGAACAGGUUAUCAAAUGUAAGAAGUUUUAUCAUUUUGCUAUCGAGAGAGGGCCGUCACUAUAAAUAACCGUACUAACUUUUUUGGUGAAAAAAAAAAAAGAAAAGUAAAAUGAAGCUUUCCGGGGUGUCUUCUUUUUGAGAACACGCGCAAAAGCUUUUAGUUAAAUCUCGUAUUCGUACUCGUUCUCGUCAUCAAAUCUAAAGCUCUGUAUUAUCUGGACGCCUAGAACGUAGAGAAUACUUCAUGGAAAGUGCUGGCGUACGGUAUUUACGCACGAGUUGUUGACGUAUCAGAAAUCGAACAAGUGAGCGCAGAAAACGAGUAAGAAUUCUGAUAUACAAAAACAACGAGUGCGUAAAUACCGUACAAAGCACUUUCCAUGUGGUAUUGUGUUUAUUAUAUACAUACUGAGACAUUCAUCAUUUUGGCGGCCUUUUUAUUUUAAAUCUUCAAAAAUGCUAAGAUUUGCCGCUACACACUUACCGCAAAAUGACAACGAAAACGAAGUAUCAUCUUUUUAGUAAAAACGUUUGUUAAAAACAUAAAUGACGGUAAGGAUAUGAGGUAAUCCAAGAACUAUAAGCAAUCUUAACUGUUUGUUCUCAAUGCACAAUGGAAAAUGAGUGAAUUUAAGUAAAAUGGCCGGUUUCAAUAUAAGCUUAAGCUUAAAUGAAAGGCAAAGUAGCUCCGACAAAAAGCACAACAAAAGCUUACGUCUCGUUCUGUUUUCCCUUUCCGCUGUUGUUUCGCCGGCUCUCUACCGUUUUCUUUAUAGACAGUGAAACAAACGAAACUAUUCCACUCCAUUUCCGAAAUGUUUUUCACUUUUUUGGCGAGAAAAACUCUUUGAGUAAAACUUUUCUCGUUGAAUGUGUGCAAAGCGGCGCUGGAAGCUCAAUAAAAGGCGGGAAUUUUGGCGCAAAACUCACCCACCUCUGUGGCUUCUGAUUGGACGUAUCAUUUUCUCGCACGUGAGAAAACAUCGUUCGCGAUUCUGAUUGGACGUAUCAUUUUUUUUACCUGUGAAAACCAUCGUUCGCUCCUCUGAUUGGCUGGAACUAAUUUGCGUACGAAAAUUUACGACAUAGCUUUUUGGUGAGUGUUUCUCAGUAUGUAUAUAAUAAAAGCUAGUUUUUUGUUCAUUAACUCUUUACCAUUCUGUUUAGAGCGGUUUUCACUUGACUGUCGUAAAACCAAAACCAAAGUAAAUACACUAGCCAACCAAAGGGCGUAGUAAAACCAAAACCAAAACCAAAACCAAUCCCUUUCGACAGUCAAGUGAAAACCGCUCUAUUGCAUCGUAUCUUGUUUUCAGGUACUGAAGUCACUAAAGACACGUUUUAAGCCCGGUGAUGGGUACAGAUGCUUGGUAUUGAAUGUAGACAAGGAGCGAAACUUCCUGGAUCUUUCAAUCGCCGGUAAGCUUGUUUAAAUUUCAGUGAGCCACUAUUAUUGCUGUCGUCCACAGCCUGCAAUUUAAGUGAUGUAGGGAGACCACUUUCGUGCGAUUCCUGUCACGUGAAACUGGUGGAAUAGGUAGGGCUUACAUUUGAUAAGGAAGUGCUGAUAAAGAAACAUUAGCAGGCUACCCGUAGGGAGAGUAUAUGGUGCCUACCAUAAAUAACUUGCCCUAAUAUGCAAGCUCCUCUCGCCCGCUGACUACUUGCGCACGCAUAUAUGGGACAUGUAACGUGGUAAACUCACACGACUUACAGUCAACUAUACUAACCGUUUGCAUUAUAAAUUAGACAAAAGAUGAUUGCGGCGUUAACAAACUCGAAACUGUGUGCCCCUCUUGAAAUUCGUUUCCCAAGUUCAGUGGCUCGUGGGCCUUUGGUUUUUGCUUGUUAAACGCUCAUUGGCGUAAACACGUGGGCCUUAUUCUCGAAUUUCUCUUUUCCAGUCAAAGCCGAUUCAGCCUUCAAUCCUGGCAAAGUGAUUGUUGGUCAAAUUUCAAAGGUUCUUCCCGAUCAAGCCCUCUAUGUCCGGCUGCCCUUGCAAAAGAGCGGUAUGGUCGCUCUGACUGAUCUUCGGGACAGCUACGUGGAGAAUCCUUUACAAGGCUUUGAAGUUAAUCAAAUUUUUCGGUAAGUCGACUCCGCUACUGAUUAAUAUUUAGUAGUCCCGACCCUUAUGGCGCUGUGAAGUACUAAUGAGCUGCACUUCCCUUUGUUUUUGUUCAUGAUGUUGGUGAAGGCGAAUCUAACUUAAGAGCGCGUUUAUAAAAACUCUGAGCGUUUUGAAAUUCUUUUUUGAAGCAGCUGAGCAGUUUUAUCUUGAGAUAAGCUCGCUCUGUUUAUUUUUCCAUCUGUGGGUGAACAACAUUUAAAUAUGAAAACUUUUGAGGAUUUCUUUCUAGAGGUACUAAUUGGCAGCACAUAACAUUCGCCGGCUAGUAGAAGUCUUCCGUUUCACAAUAGGGACCUUAACAUCCGACGGUGACGGCGACGGCAACAAGAACGUCAAAAAAAGCAAUGGUAAAAUAAGCAAAACAACUAUGCACGUGCGUCAUGUUUUUUUUGUACGUUUCUAUGCUGUCACUACACGACCACGACUUGAAAAGACCCAAUUUUACGUUAUAUAGAGGACCUAAACAAGCCACGACAAAAUUCUCUUUCUUUUUCUGAACUUGGAUAUGGGUCUUAAAAAUUUAACUCCAGAUGAUUCGGCCUACUAUUGGCAUAGUAAGUGAUUUUGGCGAAUCGCAAUUAAGAUUAAAAGAACAAGAAUUCAUUUUUUAAGCGAAAUUUGCGCCGUUGGGCCAUCCUCGGAUCUCAAAGGUACGGAAAAAACGGGCAACAAAACCGUGCAACUUGUUGUGGAACAUUGCUGCAAAAGCAUUGUUGCGCGUUUUAACUCUCCUGGAACAAAUCAGGUUUGUGUGAAAACUGACUUUUGAUUACGCGGGAGUCGCGCCAUUGACGAGAGUUACGUCACUUGCUGCAAGACAAGUUUGUCUUGGGCCGGUAAAACACACAACAGAGCAAAAAGUGGAACUACUCUGCAACAUCUUUUCUCAACCAGCAACAACACGAUUUGUUGGAGGACAGGUGUGAAGGUGGGUGGUAAAACGCGUAACAUCGCUAUUCAACUCGUGUCGCAGCAGUGUUACAAGACAAGUUGCACGUUUUUGCUGCCAGUUUUAUCCUACCUUUAAGUAAGGGUGAGUUCACUGGUUAUACUAACUCCAAAAAUUGUCGAACUAGCGAAAAUUUUUUCUUCACUUGCAGCUGUUUCGUUUUAUCAAGCAACGAAAAAGGUCAAUUGGAUUUGUCACUGAGACCUUCCAGGUGAGAAAGCGUUCUGACUAAUGAGACCUUAAGAACCACGGCCUUUUAAAUUUGUACGUGCCAUUUUUAGAAGUAAGUGUUUGUUAAAUCAUUUAUUCACCCUAGUUUGUCUUCCCUUCUGUUGAGGGCUUUUUGCGAUAAAGAUAACCUUUAAACUUUUAUCAGAAUUUUUACCCUCGCAUGUUAUAAUGCUGUGAAAUAAUGUUCCUUUUUUGUGGGUUUUUAUCUUCGGUAGAACUGAAGGCCUAUCAACAGUGAACGAGGAAGGUACGUUUGACUGUUCAUUCUACCGUUAUCAUACUAGACAUGACCCUGUCUUUUCCCAACAAUCUUAAGGAACGUCGUUUCAGUGGAAAAUCAUGUUUUUUUUUUAACUUUUAGCGCAAUAUUCUACCGUUNUCACUGGUUAUACUAACUCCAAAAAUUGUCGAACUAGCGAAAAUUUUUUCUUCACUUGCAGCUGUUUCGUUUUAUCAAGCAACGAAAAAGGUCAAUUGGAUUUGUCACUGAGACCUUCCAGGUGA